AAGCCCCCAGAUCCAGCUGGGAACGUGUGUUUCCUCCUGGAGAAGCUCCAGGGGACCAUCUCCGACCUCAUUCCCAACCUCGACACCUCCACAACUCUCUCCGGCCCUAAUUUCCCUUCCUGCGCAUCCCAAAUCCCACCUGGGCAUCCCAAAUCCCACCCAGGUGUCCCAGAUCCCAUCCAGGUGUCCCAGAUCCCACCUGGGCAUCCCAAAUCCCACCUGGGCAUCCCAAAUCCCAUCCAGGUGUCCCAGAUCCCACCUGGGUGUCCCAGAUCCCAUCCAGGUGUCCCAGAUCCCAUCUGGGCAUCCCAAAUCCCACCUGGGCAUCCCAAAUCCCACCCAGGCAUCCCAAAUCCCAUCCAGGUGUCCCAAAUCCCAUCCAGGUGUCCCAAAUCCCAUCCAGGUGUCCCAGAUCCCACCUGGGCAUCCCAAAUCCCACCUGGGUGUCCCAGAUCCCAUCCAGGCGUCCCAGAUCCUACCUGGACGUCCCAAAUCCUUCCCGCACAUCCCAGAUCCCACCCGGGUGUCCCAAAUCCCCCCCAGGUGUCCCAGACGCCGCGUUUCCCCCCCAGGCUGUUCCAGACCAAGUGCAGCAGCUGCCUGCAGGCCGUGGGGCCCUCGGAGCUGAUCAUGCGGGUGCUGGGGAACGUCUACCACGUGCGGUGCUUCGCCUGCUGCGAGUGCGAGCGGCGGCUGCAGCGCGGGGACGAGUUCGUGCUCAAGGAGGGGCAGCUGCUCUGCCGCCCCGACUACGAGAAGGAGAAGGAGAUGCUCAGCGCCGUCAGCCCCGCGCCCACCGAGUCCGUGAAAAGCGAGGACGAGGACGGUGCCCACUCCCAGGGCAAAGGCGACGAGGGCCGGGAGCACAAGCGCUCCAAGCGCCCGCGCACCAUCCUGACCACGCAGCAGCGCCGCGCCUUCAAGGCCUCCUUCGAGGUGUCCUCCAAGCCCUGCAGGAAGGUGAGGGAGACGCUGGCGGCGGAGACGGGACUGACCGUGCGGGUGGUCCAGGUGUGGUUCCAGAACCAACGGGCCAAGAUGAAGAAAAUCGCCCGGAGGCAGCAGCAGCAGCAGCAGCAGCAGCAGCAGCAGGAGCAGGAGCAGCUCGGGAAUGCCCGGCUGGGAAGCGGGAGAGGGACCGGGAGGAGCAGCCGGCAGAGCAACGACGACAGCGAAGACGCCGCGAGCGUGCCCGGCCUCGAGGGGCUCCUGGCGCCGUAUUCCCGCCUCCCGCCGCAGCCGCUCCUGCCCCUGGAGCACAACGGUGAGCCGGAGCUCUUCCGGCCGGGAAUGACCCCCCCCCAGCUCCCCCCGGAACACCUGCACCCCUACGACUCGGAGGGAGUUUUCCACGACCUGGACGGCGACAGCCUGGGCCCCCUGGGCGAGUGCCUCCUGCCCGGGGCCGAUCCCAGCCUGCUCCAGGCCCGGCUGGGGAACCCCAUCGACCGCCUGUAUUCCAUGCAGAGCUCCUACUUCACCUCCUGACCCGGGAGAGCCCUUCCCAGGAACCUCGGGAACGCUGCUCCCGCCCCCCAGCCGGGCCA